GCUCAGACACACAGACAGCUGGACACACAGGACCCUUGGAUGGACCCUGUCCCCUCCUGUCCCAUUGUUCAGGGCUGUCCACCUGGUUUUCAGACUUCAGCCCCCUCCUUAACUUGAGUUCUGAGUGGUGUGGUGUUGAGAGACGGACCUUCAGUCCCACUCUAGUGCUAAGAUGACAAAGGAUUACCAAGAUCUGCAGCACCUGGACAACGAGGAGAAUGAUCAUCACCAACUCCGGAGAGGACCACGGGAUCUACACGGGGUUGGCCUGGGCUGGUGAAUUUCUGACUCCUCUUCCAGGGCCGCCUCCCACUCCACCGCUCCUGCAUCGUCUCUGCUCUGGAUUCCGCCUCCUCCUGCUCUCCUUGGGCCUCAGCCUCCUGUUGCUGGUGGUUGUCUGUGUGAUCGCAUCCCAAAACUCCCAACUCCGGGGCGACCUCCUGGCUCUAAAGCAGAAUUUCAGCAACUUCACUGUGAGCACUGAGGACCAGGUCAAGGUCCUAGGCACCCAGGGAGUUAGCCUGGGAAGAAAGAUGAAGGAACUGGAGUCACAGCUGGAGAAACAGCAGCAGGAUCUGAGUGAAGACCACUCCAGCUUGCUGCUGCACGUGAAGCAGUUAGUGUCUGACCUGCGCAGCCUGAGCUGUCAGAUGGCGGCCCUUCAGGGCAACGGCUCUGAGAGGACCUGCUGCCCCAUCAACUGGGUGGAGAACGAAGGCAGCUGCUACUGGUUCUCCAGCUCCGCGAGGCCCUGGGCUGAGGCUGACAAGUACUGCCAGCUGGAGAAUGCCCACCUGGUGGUGGUGACCUCCUGGGACAAGCAGAAAUUUGUCCAGCACCACAUGGGAUCUGUAAACAUUUGGAUUGGCCUAACUGACCAGAAUGGGCCCUGGCAAUGGGUGGAUGGGACCGACUAUGAGACGAGCUUCAAGAACUGGAGACCAGGGCAGCCGGAUGACUGGUAUGGGCAUGGGCUUGGAGGAGGUGAGGACUGUGCCCACCUCACCAUCGAUGGCCGCUGGAAUGAUGACGUCUGCCGGAGGCCCUACCGUUGGGCCUGUGAGACCAAGCUGAACAAGACCAGCUAGGAGCCUCCUCCCCUUAAUUUAUUUCUCCAGUGCCUCAAGCUGCCGAGGUCUGGGAUUGGGAGAGCCUACCUGGGGGUCUCCACAGCCUCGGGGCUUCUCACUUAGGGUUUCAGGGAAGGGUGAAGAACCGUGUUGGAGGGGUGUGGCAUGACGCCCGGUGGGGUGGGUCAUGGGAACCUGGGACACUGGGCAGUGUGCAGCUUACUGUUGUCAACUUCCUUUUUAGAGUAAAAAGGAAAGAAUAUGCUUAACCACC